UUUCGUUAUAAGGUAGGAGAAAUAGUAUAAAAGCAACGUGCACAAACACGCCGGUACGGUUUUUUUAUCGUCAACUGAGAGUGUUUCUUAGUGUAUUUUAUAUGAACAGCCAAUAUAAAGGCAUUAAGAUGAAUAUGAUGGAGAGAUACAAUGCCUCAUUCACCGUCACCCAUACCCACUGUUAUAUACAAACUGGUCGAAAGCAAGAGUUCGCUUACAAUCAGGAUUGUGUAGACAAGAUUAUCACAUUCCACGGAUAUUGGCAUGUAGAUGAUCCCGGCAAAAGAAAAAUAAAAAAUUGCGACUUUUAUGCUUCUAAGGUACAACAUCUACUACCUGAUUUUCGGAGUUCAUGGUGCGACACUUGCAGUACUGCAGUAAACCCAUCAUCUAAAAGAACACCAUUAUGGCAGUACGAAUAUUGCAAGCACUGUGGCCCUGCAAAAAGUAUUUAUUCCAAUUUUCAAUCUCAAGAUAAUCAGACAGCAUAUUUCAAUUUCGGCGUUCACUUAGGUCAAAAUUAUAAUCCUCUUUUGUCCUUGAAAAAUCGAAAAAUAGUUCCUGGUUACGAUUAUCGUUAUCACGAUAUCGUAGCUGCAAUAAAUGGCCAUUUUGGUGUAAAAUGCAAAGUUCAAGUUUACCCAGAUCCCGUUCGACCGGGAGUUUAUUACUUAUCGUAUAUAGAAUUGGCUUUUUAUUCUUCUGCAGUUAAAAGAGAUAAUUUGAUAGAUCACCCGGAAGCAGAUGAAUAUUACACAAAAUUUCAAGAUACGAAUAUAACUUUUUUAAAUCACGUACCUUCAAUUGACCCCGCGGAGCCCCAACCAAUUUAUCCACUACCGGAAAAAACAGCUGUUUCGGAAACGCCAUCAUUUUGGGAUAAUUUGUGGAAGCUAAUAAUAUCAUAUUUACCUUUAAUUUCAUCGGUAAUAUUAUUCAUAUUGAUAUGGAUAAUUUUCGCGGUCACUGGAACGUAAAGAAAUCGGGAAUCUACUACUGAUGAGAGAUCGUUUUGUAAACCGAAGCGAUUUAAUGUUAUGUAGUAGACAUGAGGGAUCAAAAGUUGAGAAUUUUUUAUGAUGUGAAUAAGGCAAAGUAUUUAUCUAGAUUAUUCUAAUACUCAAAAGAAAACCGUCAAGAUUUAUUCGGCAAAAUUUCAUGACUUUGUUUGUGAGGUUAUGACGAAUAAAUCUAUUGAUGGGUAAUCAAUGAUGAAAAA